AUGGCAUCAACCACAAACAGUUCACGGAGAAAAUCGUCUAGAAAAUUGGCUGGUCACAGAAAGAGCCGUACAACACGACAACCAACAACCCUAGGUUCUCCUCGGUCGAUUCUAACCCGCGCAAAUGGUAUUUCGAAAAGAAGUGGACACAAUAGAAAUGCAGGGCGUAAUGGAGGCCGACAAGCUUGGAAAUAUUCUAAAUUUGGCUUGAUUCCCCCUUCGACUGAGCCGUUUGAAGAGAACUGCUUUGAACGAGAACCAAUCCCCGAAAACUACGUCUUCGUGCCCAAGGGAGACGUCUACAUCACCCGUCACUGCCGAAGCAAGACAAAGGAGUCUCAACAUACGGUAUAUGUUGUUUAUAAUACUACAGGGAAAUGGCCCAUUGGCCUGCGUGUGCCUUCUGAUAUCUACUCCACCGUCCUUCAAUCUGCUGCUGCGACAGCAGACUCUCGUGCGAACGCCGUCAAACUCCGCGAUGAAAAAGUCCUAAUGUAUUCGCGACAACUUCUACGCAGCCACUUCCCGCUAAUGCCUGGAGACUCGCUGGAAGCUGUACUCAACCACGCAUUCCUGAAAGGCUCUGGCCGGGUAGGACGCACAGCUACCAAGACAGAUGAACGCAAGGCCAUCCUGGCAGUCGAGGCGCACAUUAGGCACACGCAUACUCCUUAUGAAGAACUGCUUAGUGCAGGGAAGGGCCGUCAAGAAGCCCGGCAGGAAGUCUGGGACACAGUGCGAGCUAUCAAGGCAGCCUGGGAGGGUGGUGGCAACCAACCUACGGAUUCACUGGCUCUGCGGAGCCGCAUGGAGGAUUGA